AAGCAGCUUGACAAUGCUUCACACACCGGCUCUGUGGCUCACAGUUUGUCAUAAAUUAAAGCCUACAAACUAAGAAACUAUGGACAAGGAGUUAAAAGUAGCCUUCCUAGGUGUUAAACCUCAUGAUGAAUGGAUGUCUGAAGUUGGUCUACGUACAUACACCAUGAAAGUUGAGACAGCCAUUGAUGUUAUUCAAUAUUCCCAUAAAGGCAGACUCUCUAAUGAUGUUGUUCCUGGUCUGCCUACACCAGAAAAGGAGCUACAGGUGAUGGCUGGAGGACGAAUAAUGAUGUUUUUCCAAAGAGAAGAAAUCAAAGAUCUUUUAAAAGGAGUUGAUCUCUUAAUAAUGGCUGUCUCAUCUGAGUUAUAUUACGUGUACAGUUCCUUUCUGAUGUGGCUCACUCCAGACAAUAUUCCAGAAUCAUGCACCAUUGUGAUAAGGACGCCAUUCAGUGACGAAGAGCAGACUUACCAAAAAUUUGAAUUAAGUCAAUGGCUCAAGCCGAUGAGUCUCACUGAACAUGGCGAUGUAGUGUUGGCAAAGAAGAAGAAAAAGAAAGGGAAAUUUAAUGAAAAGCGUACACUUUUUUUUAUUGGUAUGGAGAGUUGCGGUGGAGUCAACCCAGAGGAGAGUAUUCCUUUACUAAGAUCACAUUUGCUAAAGGAGAAUGUCACUGAGCAGUUGGUUCAACCAGUCAAGGAGACAGUCUCUGCUGGUAAAUCUCUCCUUGGCCUUGGUAAAUCAUUCACCAACUGGGUGUCAAGACUUGUGAAGACAAAUUAAAAAACAAUUUCUGAAUCAUCAGACUAAAUUAUGUGUGCAUCAUGUAAUCUUUUAAAUUUUGUGAACUGUGUUUUUUAGCAUCAAAAAAAUUAAAUUUUAAUAAAUUGUGUGGGUGUGAUACUAUUAAGCUCAUAGCCACGCCUUUUUGCAAAAAUGAGAAGACUUCGUAUUUUCAAGAGGUUCCAUUGCUCUUCAUUCAUUUCACUGAUAAAAGGAUGGACUCGCUCCUGCUGUCUCCCUUGCCUUUCCCUCAGUAGGAGUCCGCGGGGCGGGCACCUGGAAUGGAUGGCUGCUUGCUGCGACCCUUUCUUUGACUACUGCGAGAGGAGCGUCUGGCUUAUAGGAAUGUUUUGUUUUAUUCUAGUUAUUUUCGGUAUUUCAUUGGUCGUCUUUACCUUUUACUCGUACAUGGUUCCUUUCCUCUACAAAACUGAGAGUGGACCAAUUUUCACUUUUUACUUCAUAUAUGGUCACUAUCUCUUGAUUAAUAUCACAUUUCACUACUUCAAAGGCGUCUAUACUGACCCUGGAAAAUCUAUCAAGGGAAGUGGAGUAAAGCUAACAGACCUACAGAUCAAGAAUGGCUGGAAAACUUGCUACAAGUGUGAUGCUCGUAAACCUCCUCGUGCUCACCAUUGCAGAAUUUGUGGCAAGUGUGUCUUUAAAAUGGAUCAUCAUUGUCCUUGGAUGUUUAACUGUGUUGGGCAGUAUAACCAUCGUCACUUUAUGCUCUUCAUCAUAUUCAUGUGGCUGGGUGUCUGCUACGUUGUCCACUGCUCAUGGACCAGGGUUGUUGCUGGAAUGCAAUUUGACAGGGGUUUCUUGAAAUCAAUAUUCGAUACACUUGGAAUGGCAGCUGGUAUUGAAAGGGCCAGAGAUUACCCGUUGGAUCACAGAGGGCAGGAGAGCUUUCUUGUCAUAGUAGUGUUCUUCAUUUGUUUUGGUGUUGCCAUAGCUCUUCUCCUGCUUGGUGGCUGGAACAUGUAUCUUAUUGGUAGAGGAGAGACGGCAAUUGAGUUUUACACAAAUAAAAGGGAUGCCAGUGAAUGCAAACGUGCCGGAAAGAAGUUUGUCAAUCCGUAUAAUCACGGUUUUAAAAAGAACUGGUAUUUAUUUCUUGGAUUAAACACUAGAAGGUCUUUCCUUUGUCAUGUUCUAUUACCGUCUGGCCACGCCCCUAUUGAGGACGGGAUGGAUUGGUUGAGGUGUGAUGCUCCGCCUACUAGCAACGGACUGGCAUCAUCAAACGUUUGAUAUUUUUAUUAUUAAUAAUAAAAUAAAUAAUAAUAAUAAAAUAAAUAAUAAUAAUAAGAUAAAUA